CAACAUAUGUACACAAAACAGUUAUCAACAAAACAUUUAAGUGUAUUCUAACACAUUCGACAAUUCUAUUAUUCCGUUUAAUUUAGAGGUAACAGUUGGAAGACCGGGUCUACUGGAGGAGUAACAGUUUGAAGACCGGAUCCACUGGAGAAUACCAUGAUAUCAAACCUGCCUCGAUUUCUCAUUUCUCUGACAGUAGAAACGUCUUUGUUACACCAUAUUUAGAAGAAGGGUUUAUGUGGGAAAUCAUUGUUAUAGUAGUUUGAUGAAACUAAAAUACUCUUAUGACAAAAACUGACAGAAUCCUUAGUAAUAAAAACAAAAUACCAUUAAACCAUCAAUGCAAAGUAUGUUACCAAGACGGACUGAAUCGAUAUAUGGCAGUCAAUUUGCAAACCAAAAGAAGAAAUCAGUUAGGAUAAGUGACGAUACAACUGUUCAUAAAUUAGAUGACAGAAUUGUUAAAAGAUCCCAUUUGCGUUCAAAAACAACAUUAGUAAAACGUAGAGACGAAGACACACUUUUUGAUUCGCCCGAAAUACAAAGCAAUUAUAAAUCUUUAUUUCCAAAGACAAUAGAUAAUAAAAAAAGUAAAUCACUUAACUUUAAAUCGUUUGUAGAUGAAAAAGUAAAAAACAAAAUUAAAAGCGAAACAAUAGGGACAGAUUUCAGGAAGGAGGUCUUAUUUAAAACCAAAACGAAAGAGGAAAAUAAUGAACAGCAGUCCAAAUCCGUGGACUAUAACGAUAACAACGAAAAAGUUGACUUCAAGAAGAUUGGUGCAGAAUACAUUCAGUCUGCGAUGAAGAAAAAAGAAGAUUUUAAAUUGAGUAAACGGUCUUUAAUACCAUCAAAAGCAGAAGUAAGAUGCAUUGAUGAGAAAUUAAGUCCACUCAAAUCCGAAACCGACUCUGAAACUAUUAACCCAGUUACAUUACCACCAAAAUUAUUACAUCGAUCUUCUCUUCCAAAGAGAGAAAUUAAGAAAGACAACGUUACUGUAUCAAAGAAAUUAGAAUUAACCGUCAGUAAGAAUGGUAUGAAACAAGACUCUGAAGGCAAACAAAGUACUAUUAACAUGUCUGAAAACACUAAACAAAAGGACAGAAUGGAAGCACAACGGAAAUCUGGCACACUUCCUGAUAAUCAAAGAAAAAAGGAAAUGAAAGAAGACAAAAUAGAAGAAGACGUAACAAAUACGGAAACCGAUAGUUUUCUUAUGGUUGCUGCUAUAGAUUUCGGUACUUCUUAUUCAGGUUAUGCGUUUUCAUCAUCUAACGAGCACAAAAGAAAUCCGAUGUUAAUAACCGCCAAAUUAUGGUCUAGUCCUCAGUUCAAAGCGGUAAAAACGUCCACUUCUAUUUUAUUUGACGAACAGAGACGAUUUCACUCGUUUGGAUUUGAAGCUGAAGAAAAAUAUCUGCGACUUUUAGAGGACGAAGAUAUUAAUGUGGAGGAGUGGUUUUAUUUCAGUCGAUUUAAGAUGAUAUUGUAUCAAAACAUGAACAUAAAUACCAAUACUAAAUUAAAAGACAACCAAGGAAAACGCAUGUCAGCAUUAAAAGUUUUCUCUGCUGCGAUUGGUUACAUGAAGGCAGAUCUACUUGCUAUGUGUUAUGUGAAAGAUUCUUCGAUUGGUCAGGAACAUAUCCGUUGGGUUCUCACCGUUCCAGCUCUAUGGAAUGAUAAUGCUAAAACUUUCAUGAGAGAGGCUGCAAAUAGAGCUGGUAUAUCAAACAACAGUCUGGUAAUGGCCUUGGAACCGGAAGCUGCUUCGCUGUACUGUAUAGAAUGGAUGAAGAGAAGUGAUGCGACAGAACUUGAACGAGGAGAAAAGUUCCUAGUUUUAGAUGCUGGCGGUGGAACGGUUGAUAUUGCAGUGCAUCAGAUUCAAGAAAAUGGAAGAAUCCGAGAAUUGAACAAGGCGAGCGGCGGAGACUGGGGUGGAAUCAAGGUCGACCAAGAGUUUAAGAAACUUCUAAAAGAUAUUGUCGGCAAAGACAUUUUUUGUGAGCUUCAAAAACAAUAUAUGUCGGAUUAUAUGGAUAUAUUUCAUUCAUUCGAACGUGCUAAGAGGAGAGACUUUUCAAUUGUCGGUCAUGGUAAGGUUCAGCUUACUUUUCCGAAUACCAUUAAUAGAUUAUGCUUGAAAACUAGAGAGAAAGAUGUGAACGAGCUGAUAUCAGAAAACUUGAAGUUUAAAAAUAAUAUUCGACUAGUCAAAGACAAGCUAGAAAUAGAUCUUUCGUUAUUCAAAUCACUGUUCGCAGGUGCUAUUUACGACAUUGUAAACCAUCUAUCAAUACUUUUUCGACAGAGUCAAGUAACAGAUUUGACAACCAUUUUCAUGGUUGGGGGAUAUUCCGAAUGUUAUCUAUUGCAGGAAGCAAUUCGAUUUAAGUUCAAUUCGCUGAGAGUUUUAAUACCACCAAAUUCCGUAUUAUCCGUACUGAAAGGUGCUGUUCUAUAUGGGCAUUCGCCGCGAACUUUUCAGUCAAGGAUAAGUACUUUUACUUAUGGUAUAGAGACAACCGAACCAUUUAGAAAAGGAUAUCCCGUAGAUAAAAAAAUAUUUAUAAAUGGGAAAUCCCACUGUGAUAAAAUAUUCUGCAUCCAUGUUAAAGAUGGUGAACAUGUAAAUCUUGGAAAAUCAGUAAGCAAAACAUAUAAAACCAUCGAUCCAGAUCAAACUCAUAUGGAAUUUAUUGUGUUUGCUUCCAUUAAAAGGUCACCAAAGUUCACGGACGAAGACGGGUGUUUCCAACUGGGAUCUUUGACAGUUGAUGUCAGUAAAAUGUCAUGUAAUAAAUAUGGAGAAAAGCAGAUAAGACUUGAACUUAUUUACGGAGGAACUGAAUUAGAAGCGAUAGCUACGGACACAACAACCGGGAAAACAUCUAGAGAACAUUUUGCCUUAGCAAGAGCUGGUCAUCGUUGUUAAAAACUCUCAAAAAAUAUUCCUAUUCUAAAAUCAAUUUGAAUUUUUCUAAAUUGAUUUAAGCGUAAAAACAAUACUUCAUACCAAAAGGGCCUAUAAUAACUUUCCUAUGAUAAUCGUAUAUAACGUUAAUCUUUAUCCUUGGAAUAUAAUAGUGUUUUCUAAAUCGUAAAUAUAGUAUUUAAGUUAUUAGUUAGUGGUGGUUAUUUAAUGUCAUUUUGAUUCAUGUAUUUAUCUAAAAACGUUGGGACUAUUUUUGUCAUAAAAUUACAAAAUUUUAAA